UCUCGAGGCCCACAAACCCUAAUGAGUACUAAAACACUAUCUUCUUGCAAUUAGCUCAUUCCUGAGUUUGUGUUCAGCCUGACUGACACAAGGAAAGGGAGCGCGAGAGAACAGUAUCAUCAGAAUUUUCCCUUUGGCAAUACAUGCUGAUUGGGUCCCAAAAGCAAGCGGCUUUAAACUUUUAAUAUUUGCCUCCCGUACACUGCCUUGACUGGUUGUAAAGGACUGUCUCUCUGAAACUACUUCAGACAGGAGGAACGACUUUGGUCUGUGAUUUUUUUUUUCAUUACAAACUUUUGUGUGUGUGUGAGGGAAAAAAUGUUUUCCGAAACUUUUCUAAGGAUGAUCUACCUUGGAUGUUUCCUGUUUCUUUGUGGGCUUACGCAAGUCAUGGCAAGUUACCCUAUCUGGUGGUCUCUAGCUGUGGGGCAUCAGUAUUCAUCUCUGGGAACUCAACCCAUCCUGUGUGGAAGCAUCCCUGGUCUGGUGCCCAAGCAGCUGCGAUUCUGCCGGAAUUAUGUAGAGAUCAUGCCCAGUGUAGCUGAGGGAGUCAAGAUUGGCAUUCAAGAGUGCCAGCAUCAAUUCAGGGGCCGGAGGUGGAACUGCACCACGAUUAAUGACAACUUGGCAAUCUUUGGACCUGUACUUGAUAAAGCCACCAGAGAGUCAGCUUUUGUACAUGCUAUUGCCUCUGCGGGUGUGGCUUUUGCUGUGACGCGGUCCUGCGCCGAAGGCUCCGCCACGAUUUGCGGCUGUGACACACGGCACAAGGGCGCCCCUGGCGAGGGAUGGAAAUGGGGAGGCUGCAGCGAAGACGCCGAGUUCGGGAGCAUGGUGUCCCGAGAGUUUGCUGACGCCAGAGAGAACCGCCCUGAUGCUCGUUCCGCCAUGAACCGUCACAACAAUGAGGCGGGACGUACGUCUAUCAAUGAUCAUUUGCACCUGAAGUGUAAGUGCCAUGGGCUCUCGGGCAGCUGUGAGGUGAAAACCUGCUGGUGGUCUCAGCCAGAUUUCCGUGUGAUCGGGGACUACCUGAAGGACAAGUACGACAGUGCAUCAGAGAUGGUCGUGGAGAAGCAUCGGGAAUCCAGGGGCUGGGUGGAGACACUUAGACCCAAGUACACCUUCUUCAAGCCACCCACUGAGCGUGACUUGGUUUACUAUGAGAGCUCCCCCAACUUCUGCGAACCCAACACGGAAACAGGAUCAUUUGGCACCCGGGAUCGGAUCUGCAAUGUCACAUCCCAUGGCAUCGACGGAUGUGACCUGCUGUGCUGUGGGCGAGGCCACAACACAAGAACUGAGAAACGGAAAGAGAAAUGCCAUUGUAUUUUCCACUGGUGCUGCUAUGUGAGCUGUCAAGAGUGUGUCCGCAUCUAUGAUGUUCACACCUGUAAAUAACGAGCCUAAGAACAGCUCCUAUAUCUGGUCACACUUUUACCCCUGAGAAAAAAUAAACACAAACAGAUAGCCGCAAGUUUGAGACUGAGGUGCUCAUCGAUGUCUCUCUGGGCAAAGGUUUGGUUUAAUGCAGCCAGAGAACAGUUUCCUCAGUGGCUUACUCAUUGAAACCCUGCUAUUAGGAUGCUUCGUCAUGAUGUCCAUCAAAGGAAACUAACCAACAUACAAGAUGGCUCUUAAUUUCUGCAAAGGUUAUGGAUGUUCAGCUUUGCUUAAAGUUGGCGUCCAUGGCUCUCAGAGGCUCUGAACUGAAAGCCCAAUGGCAUUAUAUUCUUGCGAACUGAUAAGCCUAGUACCCAUGAGGAUGUUGAGUUUACUCUCUAAAUUGCAGGAAAGGAACUGUAAAGGAUCUAGGAGAUUUUUUUAUGGAUUUUCAGAGAGACAUUGAAUGGGUCGGCAGGAAAUAUGUCUCACGCUCCUGAAAUGUCCAACAAUUAUCACAAAAAGCUGUUUCUGUGACAUGUUCCAUUGAGCAUUCCAAUGUGGCACUGCCUUAGGAAGCAUCUAAGUCAUUGUUCAAGUCAAAGCGUAACAAUGCUUGGCCUACAAUUGUGAAAAUGUAAAUGUUUUCUUUGUACAAGUCUUCCCUUUUGGUAAAAAUACAGCAAGGUCCAAUAUAAUCUUUGACAGUUUCUGGGAACAUGCUUCUAGUUUUCAAAGUGCAUUGAGGUUAGUUAUUUAUCCUUAAAAAUAUGCCCAUUCCUUGUACAUAAUUAAACGAGGUCAGACUUCCUCAGAAUGCAGAGGUCAGCUUUCGAUAUCUUUUGUGCAAGAUAAAUUAUGUGCUUGUACUUUCAAGGACUAACUACUAUUACUAUUUCUUGCUCAAAAUUAGUUAGAAACUGUAGGUAGGUAAUUCCAUAUUCGAGCCACAACAACUCACCAGACCAGAUUUUAUCCUUGUUUUUCCAUGGCGUUAAGCGAACAGAGAGCACAAGACUCCCCCCAUGGGCCUACCAUCAGCAAACACUGGUUCCCAUUCACACUGCUGGGUGGACUGGAGCAAUAGGGGUAAAGAACCUCUUUCAAGGUACAUCAGCUGUGUCUGCAACAGGGACUUUAACUCAUAGCACACCACUAAUGAGUGCAGAGACUUACCCACUACACUAUGCUUCCCCACUAGAAACUAUUGAGAUAAAAUAUAUCUACAGUAUAAGUGUUCCUGAUUUGCAUCAUUUUUCUUUUGUACUUAGUGAUCUUAAAUGUUCUUGAGUUUGAUUGUUGAGUUUAGUUUAAAGUCAUGAAUGAAUAUUGGUUUGUAUUAAACAUAGUGUUAACCAGUUACUAACCAUUGGGUAAGAUUUUUCCACUUUGCUACAGUCAAACAACCGCAUUAACACAAUGUACUUGAACAAAUCAGGACUACAAUGGUAAAAACACAAGUGGAACAAAAGUCCAUGAUUGGUGAAUGAAACAGUUGUUUAUUGUAAAUUGUUCUAAAUCCUAUUCAAGUUCAGUUAGUGCAAGAAAUGGUUGUAUCUUUUAAAUCUUUACUGCUAAUUACAUGGGUGGUUAUUAAUAAGAGGCGUUAGCCUGACAAUUGAUAUAUUUCAGAAACUGAAUCAAAUUAUGAAUAUAAGUGAGCAGUGAUGACUUGACAAUGACAAUGAUUCAACAGGAACCUGCUUUAAUGUACUAUUGUUACUCUGGAAAAGUUAAAAAUCUUGCUAGCAGUCAAAAAUGUAAUCAAUAAGUCCUUUUGCCUGGGCAGAUUAUUGACUUGAAUUUAUGCCUGGAUAUUGCACAACUAUGACAUGCAUUUUAUCCCAUUAUUAUGCAAGGGAAACACAUGAGUCAAGAAUCAGAAAACGUGAGUAAUUGGGAAUAUUUACAAUUUGCUUUAAUUCAUAACUGCAUUUAAACUGUCUCUCCAUGAUCUUAUUUUUGUAAUGAAAUAGAGCACUGCACGGUUAAAACCGACUCUGGAAUUCAUAUUUCCAAAGAUGUUUGUUGCAAUAGAAAAUUUACUCUGUGGUACCUGAAAAAAAAAACAAUUUAAUUUAUGACAUAGUUCAAUGGAACUUGAAGUAUGAAAGUCUAAUGUUGUGAAUAUAUUCUUAAGGUGUAUACAUUUAUUUCUGUGCCAUUUGUUUCUUUUUAACCACAACAUGAACAGAGACGUCUUCCCUUAUAUUUACCUGCUCUACUCUUGCAAAUCCUGGCAUAAUUGUAGAGAUGGAAAAAGAAGUUGCCAAAUAUGGUUGUUUGAACUUAAUUCCGAGCAUUCCAGUGAUGAACUAUUGUAAAACACACUGCAUUGGGCCCAUUCCUAUAGCUCAUAAAUAGUCAUACACUACCUGACCAGACAUGCCAUCGUGCAGACCAGAAAAGCUAUAUUUCCCAGAAAACAAAAUGACAAGCAUAAAUUCAGAUAUCUUCCACUUUAAUGCUGCUAUCCAGCCAUUGCUAUACAUUAUAAAACUAUAUUUUCUUUCUAUGAAAGAAAUUGUGUAGAAAUAGUUUUGAGCAAAAUGAAAUGAUGUGAAGUUUUGUACUAAUUCAGUUUUCAUAUAUAAUGUGUAUAUGUUAACCAGAUAGACAUAUUUUAAAAGUGUUGCCUGUUUGUGACAGUAUGAUGGUAAUGGUUCUAAACUGGAGGCAGUUCACGAGGUUAUGAUUUAAUGCGUGAUUCUGUCUGUAAACAGUAUUGACAAGUUCAAACAAGGUAGAACGUUGCUUUCAUUUAUACCAAUUUAUUCAAAUUUUCUGUCAGCAAAUAUUUUAAGAACAUUAUAAAUCUGAUUUUCAAUGCCUUCCAGCUCUCAAUGCUGUAUGUAUAAUCCUGUCCGAAAUUCACAAUUCACAUUCAGAUAUAAAAAAGAUCUAAUACUCCCAAAUAAAAAAAAAUACUGCGAGAUUAUUGUGCUAUGUAACAGGUUAUUUUUUUGUUCUGUCAAACAUCAGUCAUUUAAAAGUACUUUUUAAUAUCUGUACAUCUUUGUGCCUGUGGUGGCUUCACAUCACAAGCAGAUGCAUUGAUUGCUCAUUUUGUCUCAGUCAUGUGGGCUUGGUUGUUUAAAUUAAACAAGACCUAUCCACUUUUUUGCACAUUCCAUAGGACAAAAUUAUGAACAUCAGAUCUUUGGAACUAUACUGAGACUCAGAUUUCAGUAAUGAGCUCCAGAUCAGAAUAUUUGCAAUGGCAGGUAUUUGCAGUCCUUUUCGCAUCACUAGUUAUGAUUCAUCCAAUGUGUCACAACAGCAAGCAACACUUUUAAUUUUAAAAACUACUGUACUACAUUUAAGUUUGUAGUCUAUUUUAUACUUUUUUUUUUGUUUGUUUCCUUUUGAAAAAUAUUCUGCAUGUCUUAAAAUCCAAAGUUUUGUACAAACUAGUUUGUGGCUUUUUUUGAAUUUCUAAAGUCUGAUGUUUUUUAUGAUUAUUUAUUUUACAAGAAAUGUAUAUAUUAGUAAGAGUAUAUAUUUGCAGAAAGAAUAACUUGUUGGGACAGUGUUGUUACUUUUCCACUGUAACGGUUACCUCAAUGUCUGUUUUUCACUGAUGGCACACUUGUUAUGACGUGUGUCCUACUGUCUGUACUAGGCUAAUAGAUGUUAACUUUAUAAUAACAAAUUAAAAAAACACUUUGUGUAAUGCUUGUUUUUUUUUCUUUUUUAAAUACACACAUGCUACACUAAUGAUCCAGUGUAAAGUUAAUCACAUUACCAACAGUUAACAUGAUGGCAUACCAUCUCGAAAAUAAUAAAGUGCAUUAAAAUAUCUGUAUACAAUCGUAACU